GUAUCCUGGAGGUCCGUACGGUGUCCGAGGGAGGAGUGUUAGCUAUCAAAGGAGUGAAGAGUCAGUACUAUAUCUCCAUGAACAGGACUGGCCUGCUGCAAGGCAAGAAAAUCUACAAUGAGAACUGCAACUUCAAGGAGAUUUUCCUAGAAAACUACUUCAACGCUUACUCGUCUGUUAAGUCGAGUAGAGACGGCAAGGAGAUGUUCAUUGCUCUGUCUCAAAAGGGCAGACCGCUGAGAGGGAAGAAGACCAGGAGGGAACACAUCGCCUCCCACUUCAUUCCCAUGAAAUGCAGAGAGGAGGAGAGGACUGGCGUCUGAGAGAAGGAGACUGAAAAAGGAAGAGGUGACUGGAGCCUGAGAGGAAGAGAGGACUGAAAGAGGAGA